CCUAGCGGCGCACGGCUGGCAGGCCCGUUCUCUCUCUCUCUCUCUCUCUCUCUCGUCGACCCGUCAUUUCGCGUUCAACGUCAAAUCCCGGGCGCGCGACGGGUGCGUUUACGUGCUUCUGCUCGUCGGCGACAGAACCGCAGACCCACGGGCAUGCCGCUGCACCGGUACACGCACGCGAUCCUCUGCAGGAUCCCGCUGUCGCUGCGCACGCGGGGCGAGGUCACGCUGGACGAGGCUAGGACGCAGCACCUGGCCCUGGCGCAGCUCCUCCGCGAGCUCGACAUCGACGUCGUCGAGAUGCCGCCCGACGAGAACUCGCCGCUCUGCGUCUUCGUCGAGGACAUCGCCGUCGUCUGCAACGGCAUCGCCCUGAUCGCCCACCCGAGCGAGCCGUCCCGCCUCAAGGAGCUCGACACCAUCAGGGCUGUGCUGAAGAAAGAGCUAGAGAUACCACUGAUAGAAAUAAGCGACAAGAAUGCCCGCUUGGACGGUGGAGACGUGCUUUUCACUGGUAGAGAAUUCUUUGUUGGGCUGUCUCAUUUUACGAAUGAAGCAGGAGCACGAGCGGUUGCGGCGGCAUUUCCAGAAUAUCCGUGUGUACCUAUCAAGGUGGGUGAUGGUGGCGAAGAGGUGAUAGUGGAGAGUCUUACCUCAGCCCCUCUUCAGGUAGCUGAAUCUAAACGCCUAAAAUCGCUGGUUACAAUGGCCGGUCCAGAUGUUAUAUGUGUAGGAGCUGGAAAAGAAUCUCAGGAAGUGCUCAAGAGAAUCGAGCGAGAGGCAACGUACAGUUAUCAAACAUUGACCGUGCCCGAAGACGUAGCCGCCAAUGUGCUCUAUGUGAACGGCACGCUUAUUCAUCGGUCGGAGGAUGAGAUUCCACAAUCGAGUAAAGUGUUCGCCGAGAAGGUGGAGUUCCCGACUAGAUCAUUACGUUUGUCCGAACUGGCGAAAGUUAGCUCCGGUUUGUCCUCCUGUUGCUUGUUGGUGCGCAGACCGCGGCACAUUCGUAGCAUUUAAACAUGAAAAGAGAAUAAGAUCUAUCCUGCGAUGUAAUCGCAAUCUAUACCGCCAGUGCUGUCCGCGAACACGAAACAUAAAUCCGAGUUUUCUUCUCUCGAAUUGUAUCUGCAGAGGAAUACGAUGCAUGACAAUGACGAUUCGUCAUCCUGACAUUUUGAUAAAUAUUUUUUUAAUUAAUUAAAAAUGUUAGUAUCAUUUUAUAUCUUGCAAGAGAAAGAUUAAGUAUUUGAAGAGAUUAAUAUAUACAUAUAUAUACAUACAUACGCACGUAUAUCAUUUUUAUAUAUUUAGAGUAGAAAAGUAAUAUAUUCAAAUUUUAUAUUAGUUAUUUAUGUUUAUGCUUUUUGCAAGAUAAUCUCUUGAAAGAAUAGAUCUUGUCAUUUGUUUAAGCUUUUCGUUUCUUACACUUGUGACUUUUUUUUCCAGCUGCAGCUACAGAUUUUUUAUUUAGCAAGACUAAGUAUCUACGUGCAUUUUCAUUUUAUUUAUUCCUUACUUUACGCAUUUUUUUCCUACAAUAUCCCAAAAAAUAUAUUAUAGAAUAAGACUACAUUUUCAUCUCAUAGUUCUCGAAAGGAUUGAUCUUUGCAAACAUGGCACGUAACACAACAUGGCACAAAUUCAAUUUUAUAUAAAUAUAUAUAUAUACACACUAUAUACAUAUAGAGGGGUUGGAAUAUUGAUUUUUAUUACGAUAUGGAAUUGAAUCAAAAUUAAUUUAUAAUUCAAAUUAUAAUUAAGGAUGCACCAACGUCAUACUACGUACACACGCAACGAUAGAUGAUUUUGCAAUUUGCAAGGCUUAUGCAAUUAGGAAGAACAUGGUCGUGUACUAUCAGUAUUCUGACUCCUGCAAUGUAUUCGCAACUAGUCUGAAACGUGUUCACAUCGAAGCAUUCAAAUAAAUAUCUCUCUAUCACCUAAUAAUAUAUCGCAAAGUUAUCAAUAAUGUAAAAGCACUGAUAGUUGUUAUGUUAUAUCGAAGUUACGUAAUUAAAAGUUUAAACAGAAAUCAGUAUAAAAUUUCUGUAUAAAACUUAGUACAUAUAUAUAUAUAUAUAUAUAUGUAUGUAUGUAUAUGAGACAUUGUGCAACUUGAAACAUUCUUAGAUGGCGAUACCCCCGAUAGUAUCGCGGUGGUAAAAGAAUAUGAAAUAGAAUUGCAAUAUAUUCUCUUUGACACUUUAAGUGUCGCUAUGACAGUUAAACAUUUGUACUACAAUAACAUUUAGUUAAUCUAGCAUGCGUCUAUAAUGCUUUUACAACUUUUGUAUGCGUUUGCUUUAUUUAAAAAAUAUUGGCAUUUAUUCUUUAUAUCUUUCAUGAUGAAACUUCGUGCUUUCGUAAGUAUUUUAAGUUAUCGAGAUUAUAAAACACACAUAUGAAAAUAAGCCAUACUUUUAAUGCAAUUGUGCAGUAUUCGCAGAAUUUAUUAUAAUUGUGUUCUAUGUUCAAAGAUUGUCAAAAAUUUAUAAGUUUACAUAUAUACAGAAAUAUAAAAGUUUUUAUAAAAAGA